AUGAAGAAAGAUAGAGAACCAAUAGACGAAGAUGAAAUGAGAAUCACUUCCACCGGAAGAAUGACCAAUUAUGUGAACUAUGGUGCCAAAAUUUUAGGUGAAGAAGAUAAAAAAAGCUUGAAAAUAAAAGCCACAGGAAAUGCCAUCGGAAAAGCAGUAACUCUAGCAGAAAUAAUCAAAAGGAGAUUUAAAGGAUUGCAUCAGAUAACCAGGUGCGGCAGUACAGUCAUAACGGAUCAGUAUGUUAGUGGACAGGACAACAACGAACAGGUUGUGCAGGAGAAAACCGUUUCUUUUAUCGACAUUCUGUUAUCGAGAGAUCAAUUAGAU